UCGUCGGGGGCCAAGGGCAGGACCUAUCGUCCAACUCAUUCCGCUUUCGAAGCACGUGCUGUGGUGUUUUUCUCUUGUUUACCUUGGUGGUUCUUUCCAAAUGGUCAUAGCCUUAAGGUUUUUGUCACAAUUCAAACACAGAAAGCAGCCUUUUGAUCUAAAAGUGAAAGUUUUCGACUUGCUCCUGUGACAAAAGUGGAUACUCUUUAUUUACAAAUACACCAUGGAUCCUGUUCUUCACACUUUUGAGAAGAUUAAAUGGGCCCCCCUUGUCCAAGUUAUCAUUUUAUUAACUGGGGCUUUAAUUACGUUUAUUGUGGCUUAUGGAAGUGGAGAUGUUUCUAUUUAUUUACCAUUUAUCAGUGAAACUGGUGCCAAGGUUCCUGCGAUGUGUAUCUUCACCUAUACACUUUUUUUUGGAAGUGUGGCAGGAGCUGUGGCUGUGUGUUAUCGAAACCUUAUUAUGAGAUAUUUGUUAGUAAACGAAGACCAGAGACUUAUGAAGCUAAAUGAUAUUGGCGCUAUUAUUGGUCUAAUUUCUAUGGCUGGUCUAGCUGGCGUCGGUGCGUUUCCAGUGUCAACAGUGUUUUGGGCUCACAUGUUAGCUGCAGGAGUACAUUUCGUCUUUGCCAUGGUCUAUAUUAUUCUUCAAACAUUUAUUAACCAUUACGUACCUGGGGCAAAUGUUCUAGUGAAGAGAUUGAGAAUCUUAUUUUGUGUUGCCGUGUUACUUCUGUUAUUUUUACUUGUGAUUUUCUUCCCAUUAUCGUUUGUCAAAUGGAACAAAGUCAAUUCUGGUCCACCUGCUUUGAAAACACCAGACGAUGAGAUCUUUGGUUUGAUGUUCAGUAGUGCUUUCUUUGAGUGGGUAAUGUAUGGAGCAUUCCUUUCUUUUAUAUCCACUCUCUCGAUUGAAUUUCGCAAGUUUCACCUCACCAUCGGAGUGGUUCCAGUGACUCCAAAAAGUGACGAAGAUACUUAAAAAUGUUAAUGACAUAAAUUUCAUUUUUAGUUUUCUGUGAUCAAUAUUACAUUUGAACGAAAAGCUGAAAUUAUAUUUCCUUUUAAAUCAUAUAAGUAAAUGCUCACUUAUAAUUUAUUUUAUGUUCAGGAAAUAGCGGAAAAAUAAAAGGAUUACAUUCCAUUCUAAAUGUGUUAGAACAUUUCCACUUCCUUUUUUGUUUCGAAUAUUGUAUGCUUUAAUUUUAUUCUAUUUUAUUUACAAAACAUAAGGAAACACUCAUUUGAUUUUAUUUUGUAUGGAAUGACAGUAUUUUUACUGACAAUAUUUAAAUUUUAUAAAACAGAAAUCGACUCCUUUGUAUGUUUAGAACAAUUAAUAAUUUAACUUAAUAGAAUAUGUGUAAAUGUACGCUUAGGAUUGUCUAGUAUGUACUUCUACUAAAGCUAUUAUAAAUCAAUGAAGAUUUUUUUGCACAUUUUACAUGAAAAUAAGAUUUAGUAAGAUUUAGUUAGAUUAAUUAGUAAGAUUUUUUUGCACAUUUUACAUGAAAAUCCUGUUGUUACGUCCAUUUUAUAAUUUAAUAUAUUCUCAGGGAAUCCACUAGAAUCUUAGUAAGAGAAUUUAGUAUUAGCUUUUGUAUAAACUGCAUAGCUGUUGUAUGAAAUGCAUAGCCGUUGUAUAAAAUGCAUAGCUGUUGUAUAAAAUGCAUAACUGUUGUAUAAAAUGCAUAACUGUUGUAUAAAAUGCAUAGUGAUAUAGUUGUAUAAAUAAAUUUUUAAUGAGUUCAUGUUACCUGAUUUAAAUAAUUACGAAGACUUUAAAUAGAAUCUUUGAACUGAUAUCUUAAUAUUUAUCUUUAAAGUCUAAAUGUGAGGAAGUAUUAUAUAAACAGAGAGAGGCUUAUAAGCCGAUGUGUUGAUUAUGUCCAUAUAUAAGAAGCUCUGAACUUUCAAAUUAGUACAAAAUUCUAUGUAAGUUAUUCAAUAAUUUCGAGACUGUUGUAUUCUCCCCUCAAGUUUGUAUUUUAGGUUCUCAGAAUCAAAUAAUAUCUUGUUAUUUCAUUAAAUCUUUACAUAAUCUUUGUUUAGGUGAUCUGAGUAGCUUUAAUUAGAAUAAUUCCUUGCAAAAGGUCUAAAGCGUUUUUUAGAUAUUCUGUAACUUUUCACUAAUUUUACUCAUUUUUGAGUGACUUUUUCGGGAAUAAAUCAUGCAAUUUAUGCCUAUUUCAUGCUGCAGUUCAUUAUAAUAUUCUGAUUUAAAUAUUUAUUAUAAAGGAGUUAAUACAUAUUUGUUAAUGGAUAGUUACUAUUGUUUCUUUAAUUUCAUGACAUUUGUGAAAUACCAUCUUGUGCACUUAUUUAAGACUGGCAAAUUAACAUAUAUAUUUCCGAUUGUUUAUAGAUGUAUGUCACGCUCUCUCAGCUUUUUUUAGCUAAUUUUCUGACAAUAAACACUGUAUUUGUCUCACUGUAUGUAAAAAAGCUUGUAACUUUUGAAAUAAAAAUUAUGAACUUUCGCACUUUUUUAUAGAAAGAACAAUUAUAUUAAAUAAUUCGUAAGUAAAAGGAUUUUACACAAAAAUGCAUGUAGAUUUUGAGAUUAUGUAUAUAUUAUGUCUUACUUUCCAGCAAAUUCGGUGUCAGUAAGUUCUGUUUUUG